AUGGAGGUCGAGCCCUCAAAUUCCACACAGGAAGCAGAAAAUGAAGGUGCUGCUCCAGUUCGCGGGAUGCCAAAAUCGGGCAGAUGGUGGAAAGAAACAAAGAAACCAAAGAAUACGAUCAACAAGGUCAAGCCACUCCACUCAUCGUGGGAAAAGAAAAUGACUCAACGUGCCCAGAAAGCUCAAGUGAAACUUCUACAGCAAGAAAUUCGGGACAAGUUGACACAAGAGAAACAGGACAAGAUUGAGCGCAAGAAAGAACACGAAGAAAGGCGAAAGGAGAACGCAAGGAAAGCAGAAAUUGUGCAGGUGAUCCGAAAGACAGAGAAGCUGAAGAAAAUGAAAAAGAAGCAAUUAAGAAAAGUCGAGAAGAGAGAUGUCACA